CUCUGGCCAGGCUGGGUCAGUUAUGCCAGCUGUGUCCACUCCCUGCUCUUGGUGCCUCCCAUGCAGCCUGCUGAAAGCUGAAAUGUCCUUGACUCAGUGUAGAGCACUGCUCAGCACCAACUCCAACUUCAGUGUGUCAUCAGCAUCGUUCUCCUCCUAAAUCCAAAACACACCACUGGAGCAGCUACCAGGAGGAAGGUUAACUCUAUCCCAGCUAAAAGCAGAGGUGUUGCAGUUUGGUCAACUUCCCACGGAGACUGGCUUUGCUGCAGUUCAGGAUAAUAAACCUAUGGGCAGAGAUACCCAAAGGCCUCAAAGAUUGUGACUUUUAAAAAAGGCUGCAACCAUUCAUGGAAAAUCUGUCUGAUAAAUCUGUGCAAUGCCUGAAUCAAAGUGCUGCACACAGAACUUUUAGAUGCCCAGCAGCUGCAACAAUUGCCCUCCUCACAUCUGUAUUCCAAAGUCUCGGGAUUAUGAGGAACUGAGUUGGGAAGCUGCAGAGCAUUAAGGUGAUGUGUUUAAUGCGUGGUGGCAUCCUAUGUGCACAAGGGUUGGUCUGAAACUCCUCAGUGACGCCAGACUUUCUGAGUUCCAAGGUGGAAGGGGUAGAAUCUCGGAUACUCCUGUGCCUACACACUAACCAAAAAUGAAGGAGGAGCAUUGUUUACACGCCGCUCUGCUCUGCCUGGGGGUGCUGUGCUACAGCCACGGGCUGACCACGGAGCGCCUCAGCCACGCCCGGCCCUCGCUGCACGCGCACCACGAGAAGGGCAAGGAGGGACAAGUCCUGCACCGCUCCAAAAGAGGCUGGGUGUGGAACCAGUUCUUUGUUAUAGAGGAGUACACGGGACCAGAUCCUGUGCUUGUAGGACGGCUUCAUUCAGAUAUUGAUUCUGGAGAUGGAAACAUUAAAUACAUUCUCUCAGGUGAAGGAGCAGGAAUCAUUUUUGUUAUUGAUGACAAAUCAGGGAACAUCCAUGCAACCAAGACACUGGAUCGGGAGGAGAGAGCUCAGUACACCCUGACAGCUCAGGCUGUGGACAGGAACACAAACAGACCUUUGGAACCCCCUUCUGAAUUCAUUGUCAAAGUUCAAGACAUAAAUGACAACCCGCCCGAGUUUCUCCAUGAAAACUACCAUGCCAAUGUGCCCGAGAGAUCAAAUGUAGGUACAUCAGUUAUUCAGGUAACAGCUUCAGAUGCUGAUGACCCUACCUAUGGGAACAGUGCCAAACUGGUUUACAGUAUCCUUGAAGGUCAGCCCUACUUCUCGGUGGAGGCUCAAACAGGAAUCAUCCGAACUGCCCUUCCCAACAUGGACAGAGAAGCCAAGGAGGAGUACCAUGUGGUGAUACAGGCCAAGGACAUGGGAGGACACAUGGGAGGCCUCUCAGGGACAACCAAAGUGACAAUUACACUUACAGAUGUCAAUGACAACCCACCAAAGUUCCCACAGAGUGUGUACCAGAUGUCGGUGUCGGAAGCAGCUGUCCCAGGAGAGGAAGUGGGGAGAGUGAAGGCCAAAGAUCCUGACAUUGGGGAGAACGGCUUGGUGGCUUACAGCAUCAUCGAUGGAGAUGGCAUGGACAUGUUUGAAAUCACCACAGAUUACGAGACUCAGGAAGGGGUUGUGAAGCUUAAGAAGACCUUAGACUAUGAAACCAAAAAGUCCUACAGCCUGAAGGUGGAGGCAGCCAAUGUCCACAUUGACCCCAAGUUCAUCAGCAACGGGCCCUUCAAGGACACGGUGACAGUGAAAAUAGCGGUGGAAGAUGCUGAUGAGCCACCAGUGUUUUUGAAGCCAAGUUACAUUUUUGAAGUACAGGAAAAUGCAGCAUCUGGUACUGUGGUUGGAAAAGUACAUGCCAAAGACCCGGAUGCUGCCAACAGUGCUAUAAGAUAUUCAAUUGAUCGACACACCGACCUUGAAAGAUAUUUUGUUAUUAAUGCAGAAGAUGGCAAUAUCAAGACAAUAAAGGCUUUGGAUAGGGAAGAAAUGGCUUGGCAUAAUAUCUCUGUCUUUGCAGUUGAAGUCCACAAACAGCACCAGGAAGCCAAAGUUCCCGUUGCAAUCAAGGUCGUUGACGUCAAUGACAACCCUCCCAGGUUUGCAGCUGCCUAUGAAGCCUUCGUGUGUGAGAAUGCCCGAAGCAACCAGCAAUUUAUUACAAUUAGUGCUGAUGACAAGGAUGACUCGGCCAAUGGACCAAGAUUUAUCUUCAGUUUACCACCUGAAAUUAUUCAUAAUCCAAAUUUUACACUCAGAGACAACAGAGAUAAUACAGCGAGUGUGCUGGUCAGACGGGAAGGGUUUAGUCGCCAGAAGCAGGAUUUGUACCUCCUCCCCAUCGUCAUCAGUGACGGCGGCGUGCCCCCGCUGAGCAGCACCAACACGCUGACCAUCCGCGUGUGCGGCUGCGACGGCAGCGGCUCCCUGCUGUCCUGCAAUGCCGAGGCCUACGUCCUCAACGCGGGGCUCAGCACCGGCGCCCUCAUCGCCAUCCUGGCCUGCAUCGUCAUUCUCUUAGUCAUUGUGGUGCUGUUUGUAACCCUGAAGAGGCAGAAGAAAGAGCCCCUGAUCGUGUUUGAGGAGGAAGACGUGCGGGAGAACAUCAUCACGUACGAUGACGAGGGCGGAGGCGAGGAGGACACGGAGGCGUUUGACAUCGCCACGCUGCAGAACCCCGACGGCAUCAACGGCUUCAUGCCCCGCAAGGACAUCAAGCCCGAGUACCAGUACCUGCCCAGGCCGGGGCUGCGGCCCGCGCCCAACAGCGUGGACGUGGAUGAUUUCAUCAACACUAGGAUACAGGAGGCUGACAAUGACCCCACUGCCCCUCCCUAUGACUCCAUCCAGAUCUAUGGCUAUGAGGGCAGGGGCUCCGUGGCUGGGUCCCUCAGCUCCUUGGAGUCAGCAACAACAGAUUCUGACUUGGACUACGACUAUCUACAAAACUGGGGACCUCGAUUUAAGAAACUUGCAGACUUGUAUGGCUCCAAAGACACUUUUGAUGAUGAUUCUUAACAAUAAAGUUUAAGAUUUGGCCUUAAGAACUGUGUCUGAAGUUCUGAAGAAUCCAGAGGAAAUGUAAGCAGGUAUUUUUUUAAAAAUCAAGAAAAAUCUCAUUUAAACAUUUAAGUUUGACAGAGAGGAUUCCUUUGAUUAAAAAAGGACAUGAAAGUGGUAAAUACUGUGAAGUACCUUUUCCUACAAAAGGCAAAUCUGGAAGUUGGCUGCCAGCUUCACUGAAGGAAAAAACCCACUUAAGAAAUGCAAAAUAUUUAAAUGAAGGAAAAUGCUAAAAGCAAACCUACAAAUAAGGGAAAUCUUUUAUGUGUUAUGAACAUCUAAAUCUUUUAUUUCAAAGAAGCUUCCACAAAUUAGAAAAGAUAACAGUUCUGAGCUGUAAUUUCGCCUUAAACUAUGGACACUCUAUAUGGUAGUGCAUUUUUAAACUUGAAAUAUAUAAUAUUCAGCCAGCUUAAAUCCAUAUGAUGUAUGUACAGUACAAUGUACAAUUAUUAUGUCUCUUGAGCAUCAAACUUGUUACUGCUGAUUCUUGUAAAUCUUUUUGCUUAUUCUUUCAUCUUAAACUAAUACGUGCCAGAUAUAAAAACUCUGUCUUGUUCGGUGGGAGGCGCCCUAUUUCUAUGUCAUUUUUAAUGUAUCUAUUUGUACAAUUUAAAAAUUCUUAUUUUAGUAUACAUACAAAUAUCAGUAUUCUGACAUGUAAGAAAUGUUACAGCAUCACACUUAUAUUUUAUGAACAUUGUACUGUUGCUUUAAUAUGUGCUUCAAUAUAAGAAGCAGACUUUGAAAUAAACUGAUUCUUUUUUAA